GAGGCGGCGAAGGGCGGGUCCUGCCGCCGCUGGCUCAAUGGGCGUUGCAUAAAGAUCAUGUGACUAACGUCAUCGCCGUCGCCGACAUGUGGAUCGGACGGACGGCACUGUUGUUAGGACUGGUCGGCAGCAGAGGAGUCACAAGAAGUAUGUGUGCUCAGGUGGGAGAUUGGAAGAGUGCCAAGUCCAUAUACGAGUUCUCUGCCAAGGACAUCGAUGGAAAUGAGACUUCUCUUGAGAAAUACAGAGGGUUCGUUUGCAUCAUUGUAAAUGUCGCCUCUAAAUGAGGAAAGACCCGCGUAAACUACACUCAGCUAGCAGCAAUGCACGCCUCCUAUGCUGAGAAGGGUUUACGCAUCCUGGCCUUCCCCUGCAACCAGUUUGGAGGGCAGGAGCCGGGGACAGAAGCAGAGAUUAAAGAGUUCGCCAAAGGUUACAAUGCCGAGUUCGAUCUCUUUAGUAAGAUUGAUGUGAAUGGAGACAACGCCCACCCUCUGUGGAAGUGGAUGAAGGCACAACCCAACGGCAAAGGGUUCAUGGGAAAUAACAUCAAAUGGAACUUUACAAAGUUUCUGAUCAACAAAGAGGGAGACGUGGUGAAGAGAUAUGCCCCCACAGACGAUCCCAGCGUGGUGGAGAAGGACCUGCCUAAAUACUUGUAAUAAGAGUCUCAUCUGUGUUUGUUUGACUCCUGUCCUCUCACACGGAUGUCCGAGUAUUAGUGUGUGUGUGUGUGUCUGGACCAGUGACGGCCUGUCUGUAAACCUAACAAUGGGGAGGACAGGCCUGAUGAUUUCAGCGUGCAACUAAUCUCCAGAACCUCCCACACCAAACCCAUAAGACCAUGUGAGAGGACAUUCACCAGCCACUGUUCGCAUCGUAUUACAGACCGAAAACAGUCAUUCCUUUUCCUACAAACACUAUCUUCUGAGUCUCAAGCGGCAAAUGUAUUCAUGUGUAAAAGAUAGUUUUUACUUAAGGACAUGCAGUAAGAUGCCAUAAACCCACAGAUUUCUGUAAAACUACUGAUAGUAUUUUUUGCACUUAACUGGUUGAAGGGAUCUUUGUUGUGUCUGUAACUCAUGACUUAUGUGAUGAAAUUGGAAAAUAAAUUCACUCCUGGACAUUGAAAUAACA